AUGGAGGCCCUGGGUUUUGGCUUGCAACUAAGAAGAUCACUCGAAUGGCCGCUUGGAUUCGUGAUUCUGCGAUUCAAUUGGAAGUUAGAUUUGUCUAGACCUCUUGAGGCGUUUGUUCAAAUUAACAACGUUUGGUACAAUGUAGAGUAUGAAGGCCUUUCGAAUAUUUGUUAUAUGUGUGGUCGAUAUGGUCACAAAAGGGAACACUGUGAUGUGCAAGAUGUUACCCCUGUGGAGAAGACUGGUGCUAGAUCCAAUAUGGGUAAUGAUGGUUUGGUAGGAGGUGAUGCUGUAAUGGGGAAAGAGGGUUUUGAUAAUGGUAUUGAGAAUUUGUGUGGGCCAUGGAUGAAUGUUCCAGAUCAAAGGAGACCUAAAGGUGUGACUCAGGAAGUUGGAGGAAAAGAAGGUCGAAAUACGGGUUCUAGAUUUGAUGCGUUGAGAUAG